CUGUGAGCCAAUGAGAUGUCAGAAUCUCGCCUUUAUAGAGUGGCUCAGGAGGUGAAGUAUAUAUAUAUAUCUCCACUCAGAAGGCCUCCGUCCAUCACUGUCUUCAGUCGGUCCGUUUCAGCCUUCCGUUGUGACCAUUUGAUCAUGUCUCACUCAGGUGCUCAAGGCAGCAUUGGCAGUCACCCUGCCAUUGGCCUGCGCAAUCACAAGAUAUACCUCUAUGAAUAUGAAAACUUCCGAGGCCGCAGGAUGGACCUGUUUGGAGAGUGCCGUAACCUUUGUGAGAAGGGUUUCGACAGAAUUGGCUCCAUCAGGGUAGAGUGUGGACCCUGGGUUGGCUACGAGCAGCAGAACAUGACCGGUGAGAUGUUCAUGCUGGAGAAGGGCGACUACCCCCGCUGGGAUACCUGGUCCAACAGCUACCGGUGUGACCGCAUGAUGUCAGUCAGGCCCGUUCAAAUGGAUCCGCAAGACCACAAGAUUUGUCUGUAUGAAUGUGCAAACUUUGAGGGCCGUAAGAUGGAAGUGUGCGAUGAGGACAUCCCGAGCUUGUGGUCCUAUGGCUUCCAGGAUCGUGUCGGCAGCAUUCAGGUCACCGGUGGAACCUGGGUGGGUUACCAAUACCCCGGCUACCGUGGCUAUCAGUACGUGUUAGAACUGGGCCCUUUCAAGCAUUGGAAUGACUGGGGAGCCCACCACCCCCAGAUCCAGUCCAUCCGCAGGGUGAGAGACAUGCAGACGCACCGCCGAGGCUGCUUUGAGUUCACCGCAUAGACGAGUGAGACGGACCGCAAGUUAACAGGAGGAACGUGAAAAGAGCUGCCCGUGGACUUUCUCCUAAAGGAAAAAUAGACUCGUUUUGUUUCUUUUAUUACGGCUAAUGAAAAAAAAGAAAUUUAAAGUGUGAAGGUCAGUGAAUAAAUCUGAAUCUUGUGAGAGAGAAAAACAAAAUGGAAGGAGCACUCACCCAUAACGGAGCACAAAUAUAAAACGAUUGUGUCCUAUUUGUUAAUGGGGGAUUAAAGGGUAUUGGUAGCAUGUGUUUACAAAGUUUUUUGUUGCUUUUUUUUUUUUUUUUUUGCAUUUAAUCUACUUGAUUUAAAUUUAUAUCUACUUGAUUAUGCUCCCCCGUAUCCAAGGAUCCACCAAUUUUCUAUUGCGGUCAGUUCAUGUCACUGCGUACGGAGCUCUACCAAGGACAGCUCUCAGAUCUGCACUGCAGUAAGCUUGCAAGGCAGGGGGGAGGCACUGUCUCCUCGUCUCCAAGAAUGAACCCGGGUAUCUGGCAGCUAGGAGGCUGCGCUGGGUUAUGGUGUUCUGAAACUACAACCUUUUUCCAGCCCACUGAUGGGGCUGUCCUGAAGUUUUGCAUUUUACUUUUUCUCAGGGAUGCUGGCAUCUGGAAAGCAACUUUCCAAUGAAAACCAAAGAAAGAAAUAAAAAUAUCGGAAAACCAG